UCAGGAGAAGAAUCACCAUUGUAGAAUCUUUGAAGCAGCAGCUUUUGCUUCUCUUCAUUAUAAAAAAAGCAAAGCAAACAGCGAAGAGGGUUUUGGCUGUCUUUCACUAUAUGCUUCCAUUUCUUCGUCUUCACUGGAACGAUUCUCUCAGUUCGGUUGGAGUGGCCUCCUUCCGCCAUGGUUUCGUUAGCAGGAGAUUCCCACUCCAAUGAACUUCCUUCGACAAAGCAGAUUCGCUACUCCUCAACAAUCUCUUCUCCCACUGCUUCUAAGGUCCAGAGGACUCCAGGUCGAUCCAUGCGAACGAUUCGUUCCAAUCUAUUCGAGAACGACUGUUCUUGUUCAUUUCCAGCUGUUGCUGACAGAAAUUCCACCUCCGCCGCCGUCUCUGAGUACUUGUCGGAAUCCGUUAUCGAUUUCAGACUCAGAGAGCUCGCUGUGGAGAGUGGAAGGCCACGCGAGCCCUCUGUUCCCGAUUCUGAUCUCCUCGACUUUUCUCAAACUUUCAGCGAUUUCUCUGCUUGCAGUAGCGAUAUCUCUGGAGAGUUGCGGAGGUUAGCUUGCCUGCCAUCACCUGAUCAUGUUCACAACUCUGAAGAUGCUGUAGAUCUGGAACCAGAAUCUAACAGGAAAUCUUCACUGGAGCCAUGGUCAGGGUUACUCCAACGCGAGAACCUUUCCUCGGAGAUCAUCGACAACGCUCCUCCGGAAAAUCUUGAACCAGCCGUGAAGAAAUGCGUGGAAGGUCUUCAGUCGUCGUCCAUCUCUGUCAAAAGCUCGGCUGCAGAGAAGCUACGUUUUCUCGCUAAGAAUAGAUCUGAAAAUCGAGCUCUCAUUGGGGAAUCCGGUGCUAUUCCCACCUUGAUUCCUCUCCUCCGUUGCAGUGACCCAUGGGCGCAAGAGCAUGCUGUAACAGCUAUGUUGAAUCUGUCUCUGCACGAAAACAACAAAACCCUGAUCACGGAUGCUGGAGCUAUAAAACCUCUUAUUUACGUUCUUAAAACUGGCACCGAGGUGUCAAAGCAGAACGCUGCUUGUGCUCUGCUUAGUCUUGCGUUGAUCGACGAUAACAAGAUCUCAAUCGGUGCAUGCGGAGCCAUUCCGCCGUUGGUUUCUCUGCUACUGAAUGGUUCUACUCGUGGGAAGAAAGACGCCCUUACCACGCUCUACAAGCUCUGUACGGUGAAGCAAAACAAAGAGAGGGCCGUCAGUGCCGGAGCCGUGAAACCGCUACUAGUAAUGGUUUCAAUGCCGGGAAGCGGUUUGGCGGAGAAGGCUAUGGUGGUUUUGAGCAGCUUGGCCGCUAUUGCAGUGGGCAAGUCCGCUAUUGUCGAAGAAGACGGGAUCUCUGUUCUGGUUGAAGCCAUUGAAGACGGAUCGGCGAAAGGGCAGGAGUUUUCUGUUUUAACGCUUCUGCUACUCUGUAUGGACAGUGUAAGAAAUAGAGGGUUGCUGGUCAGAGAAGGUGGAAUCCCUCCCUUGGUCGCUCUCUCUCAGUCGGGAACUGCUCGGGCGAAGCACAAGGCUGAAACAUUACUUAGAUAUCUGAGAGAACCGAGGCAAGAGGCAUCCUCUUCUAGCCCUGUGGAGAGGUAAUGAAAUUCACAAUCAGCACUGGGUUCCUGUCUUCUUGAUUAUGUACAUAACUGAGUGUUCUUAUGGUUUGUACACCGUGUAAACUGACCCCUAGAUUAUAUCUAAACUAGAUUUUGAAUGUGUGAUUUUGUGGUGGAUGGGGAUUUGGGUCGUGAUCCUGGGUUUUGUUUGGGCAAUCCAAAUUUCUGCUAAAACAGAUUUAAGAGUUUUGGUUGAGGAGUUACGGGAGGGUACGUUGCUGUAAUGAUUGAUCUUACGAUGGUGUUUAAGUGGUACUGUAUUAGGGAAGUAGUGAGUGAGAAACAGAAGGGCUUGAGUUCUAUUUCUUAGUGACUGCAACUGCAUGACAUAGCUUCCCUGUGUGAUGUGUUUAGGUUGUGAUGAAAUCAUGUAAAGAAAUAGCAACUGAGCAAUUGAAACCUUUCUUGUGUGAUUUUUGUA